AACAAACGGCGUUAACAAAUACCGUGAAAUGGAAUAGAAGAUGAGCAGGUCCAAAAGACAAACAUCGAACGCGGGCAAACGGUUAAUAACAGUGCAGACAACCUCCGUUUCCAAGUCGCAGCAAAACCCGACAACCCACCUGAAAGAGAGAGAAAGAGAGUGGUCAAUAGCAGUCAACACAUCUUGUUUUCUUUCACUCGGCUGUUCGCUAAUCAACAAAACAAGAUCAAAUCAAAACCAGAAAAUGAAAAUUCGUGCUCGAAUCAUAAACUGAACAAACCAAAAAUUGUCGUGCACUGUCAUGGAAGAGGAAGAACCGAUGCAGCAACCGCUCACAGACUCGUCGCUAACCACCCAUUCAUCAACUUCCACUGCUUCCGAUGAAGAGCAACCCCACUCAGAAACCCUAUCUCUGCAUUCUUCUUCUCAUAUGCAAAGAAGCUCUACCGCAAGUAAGCUUGGUCAAGAUGAGAGUAAGCAGUCAGCACAGCAUUCUGAUGAGGAAACUAUUGUAAAGGAGACAGUAGAGGCACCUCAAAAACAGACAGAAAGUCAACUUCAGAUGUCUGUUUGUUCAACUUCAUCGUCUAAACUAUCACCAACUUCUGUAUCAAUGUAUUUAUCAUCUGCCCCUAGUUCAAGUGUACCACAACAGAGACCAUCUCCCAAAGCUGUAAAAGUGCAAAAAAUGGACAAAGGAACUCCUUCUGGUGAUACAACCUUGUCUUCAGUUUCUGUUUCAAGGACAUCUGCAUCUGAUGGAUACAACUGGCGGAAGUAUGGUCAGAAGCAAGUGAAGAGUCCUACAGGUUCUCGAAGUUAUUACAGGUGUACCCAUUCAAAUUGUUGUGCAAAGAAGAUUAAAUUUUGUGACCAUUCAGGAUAUGUGAUAGAGAUUGUUUACAAAAGUCAACAUAGUCAUGAUCCCCCACACAUAGUUGAUUCUACUAAGGAAAGUAAAUUCCUGCCUUACAGUGAACCUAAAAUAAAAUGCAGUAUUCCAAAGCAGUCUAGCAGAGUUCAAAUUGAUUCUGAUCCAUCUUCUCCAAGAAAACCUUUAUAUGAAUCACCUUGCAGUGCCAAUAAAAAUCAAGAAAACUCAUCCCAUGAUGAGAAUGACAAAGUUUUGUUGAAAAAAGAGCAUGUUAAUGACCCUGAGCCAAAAAGAAGACUGAACAAAGGUGAUUUAACAUGCUUGGAUUCAGCAAUAAAACCUGGAAAGAAACCGAAGUUUGUUGUACAUGCAGCAGAGGAUAUGGGGAUAUCAAGUGAUGGAUACCGAUGGCGCAAAUAUGGACAAAAAUUGGUGAAGGGAAACCCACAUUUCAGAAACUACUACAGAUGCACUUCUGCUGGAUGUCCUGUUCGAAAGCACAUUGAGACUGCUGUGGAUAACGCAAAAACUGUGAUUAUAACAUACAAGGGAGUGCAUGAUCAUGACAUGCCUGUGGCCAAGAAACGACAGGGUCCACCAAGGGCUUCCCUUGUGGCUGCUGCAGCUCCUGCUUCAAUGAAAAAUUUGCACUUCAAAAAAGGUGGUUUGGUACAAAACGAGGAAACUUCUUCUGCUCAAUGCUCAGAGGACACAGAAGAUGAAGCAUUGGACCUUGGUGGUGAGAAAGCAAUCGAAUCAGCUCGAACUCUUUUAAGUAUUGGCUUUGAAAUUUAACCCUGUUGAAUGUAUCUUUCAGAAAUCAUGCAACUUUUAUCCAUUUAUAAAUUAAUUGGUCGGUCUCA